GCCAAAACAGGAACUGGGGCGGCAAAUCACUGUGCGAGGGCGAGCGGACCUCCCUCUUCGCCUCCUCCCUGUUCCAGGCGCAGGUCCCCUGGGCUCUGUGCUGUUGUUUUCAGCACUCGGGAAAGCCGGCGCUUCAGAUCCAGAUCCAGGCAAGUGAACCGAGCCAGAGAGUUUUCCGUUCAGCACCUCGGACAGAGCACGCAGCAAAAAAUGGCUCCGAUCACUAGCAGCCGGGAGGAAUUUGACGAAAUCCCCACAGUGGUGGGCAUCUUCAGUGCAUUUGGCCUGGUCUUCACAGUCUCUCUGUUUGCAUGGAUCUGCUGUCAGAGGAAAUCAUCCAAGUCUAACAAGACUCCUCCAUAUAAGUUUGUACAUGUGCUAAAGGGGGUUGAUAUUUACCCUGAAAACCUAAGUAGCAAAAAGAAGUUUGGAGCAGAUGACAAAAAUGAAGUAAAGAAUAAACCAGCUCUGCCAAAGAAUUCAUUGCAUCUUGACCUCGAGAAGAGAGAUCUCAAUGGCAAUUUCCCCAAAACAAAUCUCAAAGGUGGCAGCCCUCCUGAUCUGGAGAAUGUGACCCCAAAGCUCUUUUCAGAAGGGGAAAAAGAGGGGGUUUCCCCUGAUAGCUUAAAGUCCAACACUUCCCUUAGUUCAGAAGAGAAACAAGAGAAGCUGGGAACCCUCUUCUUCUCCUUAGAGUACAACUUUGAGAAGAAAACAUUUGUGGUCAAUAUUAAGGAAGCCCGCGGCUUGCCAGCCAUGGAUGAGCAGUCGAUGACCUCAGACCCGUACAUCAAAAUGACCAUCCUCCCAGAGAAGAAGCAUAAAGUGAAAACCAGAGUUCUGAGAAAGACCUUGGACCCAGCUUUUGAUGAGACCUUUACAUUCUAUGGGAUCCCCUACACCCAGAUCCAAGAGUUGGCUUUGCACUUCACAGUCUUGAGUUUUGACAGGUUUUCAAGAGAUGAUAUCAUUGGAGAGGUCCUUAUUCCUCUGGCAGGACUUGAACUGUCUGAUGGAAAAAUGUUGAUGAACAGGGAGAUUAUCAAGAGAAAUGUUAGGAAGUCUUCAGGACGGGGUGAGUUGCUGAUCUCUCUCUGCUAUCAGUCCACCACAAACACUCUCACUGUGGUUGUCUUAAAAGCUCGCCACCUGCCUAAAUCUGAUGUGUCUGGACUUUCAGACCCUUACGUGAAAGUGAACCUGUACCAUGCCAAAAAGAGAAUCUCCAAAAAGAAGACUCAUGUGAAGAAAUGCACCCCCAAUGCAGUGUUCAAUGAACUGUUUGUCUUUGAUAUUCCUUGUGAAAGCCUGGAAGAGAUAAGUGUUGAAUUUCUGGUUUUGGAUUCUGAAAGGGGAUCCCAUGAUGAGGUGAUUGGGCGGCUGGUCCUGGCGGCAGCUGCAGAAGGGACCGGCGGGGAACACUGGAGGGAGAUCUGUGACUCUCCUAGGAGACAGAUCGCCAAGUGGCAUGUGUUGUGCGACGGUUAGCAUCCCAGCCACGCAUUGGGACUUGAUGAUUUUUACUAGGCAAAGAAUAAUUUUCUUUCUUUCUGAUACGUAAUUGCAAGCUUAUGACAGCAAGCUACAUUUUUUUUGUUGUUAUUAGAAAUGGAUUGAAUCAGCAGACCAGGAAGUAACUGUAAAUUAUCAUGAUCACAUUUCCCUCUUUACUAGAGACAUUGGAUAAAUUUUCAUAAGAUACUGAAUUUCCCUUGCAGGUUCCCAGGGAUAUAAAUAAGAGUAGUCAAGCAUUUUUCAAGCACAGCAGCACAAUCCCAGGUUAUGACUGUGGUUUAGAAGGUGACGAUUUCAUGGGAGCAUAUUACUGGAAGUCAGUGGGAUUUUUAAGAUUUAGAAAUGAAAAGCGUGUCUUCAUUUAUGAAAAUUUAUCCAUUUCUCUUCAGGUGGGAAAAUCAAUUUUUCUUUAGAUCCAAAGACAGUAAAGAAGUGUUCUCUAGUUUGUUUUUAUUAACUAUGUCAUGUGCAAAUGGUGUCCUGCUUAUAAAAGUAUAUGGUCAUUGCUCUUUGUUUCGUAAUUAUUCGAAGCAAUUUUCUCAUAAGAAGAGUAACUUAGGUUUGUUUCAAAAGGACAGUGAACACAUCAAAUAAUCAUUUUAUCAAAGGGCUUAGUUGAGAACACUGUGGUUGAAAUAUGAUUUUUCUCCCCUCUAAGGUUAUAUGUGAGUCAAAUGUUGUAAAAUAUAAUCUCAUAAGGACCAUGGCCUUGAAUUAUUUACUGCCUGUCACAAGCGUCAGUGUGGUCUAAGAAAGCCCUAUUUACCUUUGUGAAGUUGUUGAAUUAGCUAGUGGGUAAAGAAAUAAACUUCGGGUAGAAAUCCAGUUAGAAAUGCAGUUUUCUUAUAGGAAAUACGUAACGUGUGCAAGUGUCCAUUCAGGGUUUUCCCUUGGGCUCAGAGAGGCGUGACUAACUACGUCUUCAUCGAGUUUUUCUCCAGAAAGGACUAACAUACUAUUUGAAAAUAAACAAACAAAAGACUGAAGAUUUAACCAUUGCCAGACCGAAAACAUUACUUCAACUAACAAACUGAUAAGAUUAAGAAGUAUUAUGCAGCAAGCAUAAUAUAAUUUACAUAUGUUCACACAACAUAUAUUUAGGCUGUCAAAUUAGCACAAUGAAGUAUGUUUCACUAUCUUUUCUAGGCUAAUUUGCCUUGAGCUGUUUUCUGUGGAACAGUUUAUAGACAGAACUGUGUCUUAUACCAUUUUUCUAGUGCCAGGGCUCUGAAAUUCAUUAAGAACCUAGAGUUAAGCAGUGCCCUUUGACUACUAAUGAACUGAGGUAACAUCACUAUCUGUGAGUUUUUCAAGCAGUAUGGGUGAAACUCGGGUACAGUUGAAUUAUUAAAUAUGCAAGUUAGAAAACCAAGUCUACUGAAAAUUUUACUUUUUGAGUCAGGUUUUGUGUCAGUACUUUAGCCGUUUUUUGGGAAUGUGUUUGAUAUCUCCGUGUUUGUAAAUUCUAUGACAAUGCAUUUUCAAAACAACUUAUACAUGCUUUUUAUGACUAUGCCUAAUGUAAAGGAAAUGUUUUACAUGUACAAAAUUGAAACCGACCUCUUUUUUGUGCUUUAAGAUGACUUUGGGAUUGAAAAGACCAUUCCUCAGUAAUUGUCUUCAUUCCACCACAAACUCACUUCAUAAUAUCUUGGUCCACUCAGCAUUUCCGUGAGAGCAACAUGAAAUGAACUGUAGUCAGUGUGUGGUUUGGGGAAGUCAAUGGCCUUUUUACGUAUGUAUAUUUGAUACAUGGGCCAUGGAAUAUUAUAUAUUUUAGAGCUUUGAAAAGUUGUCAUGAGUCAACACUUAGCAUCCUUCCAGUGCCAGAGUUAGUGGUGGUACCUAGUCAAGUUUGAUUCCUGGAGGAGGGUGAUAUUUUUUUUUUCC